AUGAACCCUUUGAAAUGUGCCUUUGGGGUAUCCGCGGGAAACUUUCUCGGAUUUUUGGUUCAUCAGCGAGGAAUCGAGGUCGACAAGAACAAGUCGAAGGCCUUGAUGGAAGCGAAACCUCCGUCAACAAAGAAGGAGUUACAGCAACUCUUCGGAUCCCUAAACUAUUUGAGGAGGUUUAUUUCGAACUUAGCAGGGAGAGUCAAGGCCUUUUCUCCAUUACUGAAGAUAAAGGACCGAGAGGAUUUCGUUUGGGAGGCCUGUCAUCAGGAGGCCUUUGAAGCAAUUAAAGGGUAUCUAGCGCGGACCCCGGUUUUGAUGCCUCCAAUUAAGAAUAGGCCAUUGAAAUUAUAUAUUUCUGCGGCUGAAGAUUCGGUUGGAAGUUUGCUAGCCCAAGACAAUGAGCAAGGCAUGGAGCAAGCGGUUUACUAUUUGAGUAGAUUGUUGACUCCCUGUGAAAAACGAUAUUCUCCUAUCGAAAAAUUAUGUCUUGCCUUGUACUUUUCAGCAAUAAAAUUGAGGCACUACAUGUUGCCCGUUUCUGUUUACAUCAUGAGUAAAACGGACUUAAUCAAAUACUUGCUGACUCGGCCUAUAUUAAGAGGCCGAAUUGGCAAGUGGUCCUUGGCCUUAAUGGAAUUUAGUUUUUGUUACGUUCCCCAAAAAGCGGUAAAAGGCCAGGCCUUGGCAGAUUUCCUGGUUGAUCACCCAUGUUUGGAGGUCAACAAUGAAAUCGGCCUUGGCCUGGACGCGAUAGAGUGCACAAAUAAUCAGGCCGAGUAUGAAGCAGUGGUGAUAGGCCUUGAAAUUUUGAGAGAAUUAGGGGCCGGAACCAUUGAAGUAAUAGGAGUUUCAAGCCUUGUAAUAAACCAUUUAGCAGGCACGUUCAAAUGUUAUAGCGAAGAGUUGGCACCGUACUAUAUGGCCGCAAUGCAACUUGUACAAGAUUUUGACGAUGUGACGGUGAGGCACGUGCCAAGGAGAAUGAACGAGGAGGCUAAUAGUUUAGCUCAGGCCUCAACAGGCCUGAAGCUUUCUCCAGGCACCUUGUUUAGGGCCGUGACGGUCCAGAAGAAAUUGUUGCCCUCUAUCCGAAGGAGAGGGUUAGGUCUGCCAGCAUUUAUAGUAGAGCCUCUCGGGCCAACGAUCGAGGAUAUGCAACGAGAAGAUGAGCUACAACAAAGUGGUUGGCGUGAUCCCAUCAUUUCGUUCCUCAAAAAUCCGUGUACCAAGGUAACAAAGAAGACUAGGAGGAGGGCCAUUAGCUAUCUUUUGAUAGGAGAUGACCUGUACAAAAAGAGUCUAGAGGACGAUUUACUCCUUAAAUGCCUUGACCGGGUGGAAACUUUGAGGGUGAUGGGUGAGGUACACGAGGGUGUUUGUGGUGCUCACCAAUCAGGUGUCAAAAUGAGGUGGUUGAUUAGGAGGUAUGGAUAUUAUUGGCCUAGGAUCCAUGAAGAUUGCAUCCGAUACGCUAAAGGAUGCCAGGCCUGCCAGGCCCAUGGCCAGGUUUAA